CGGACGAUCUCCAUUUUGCUCUCGGGUCUCGGCCGAGGCGACGUGCGGAGGGCUGGCGGUGGCGGCGGCCUCGUCCCCCCCUCCCCGGCUGCUGGUUCGGUGGCCCGGCCGGUGCUUAAAUGGCAGCAGCGGCCCGACGAUGGACAUCAAGACGGCGGUGUUCAACGCGGCCCGGGACGGGAAGUUGAAACUUAUGCAGAAGUUGCUCAACAACCGGAGCGCCGAGGAGCUGGAGGCGGUGACGCUGGAGAAGACCAACGGCGGCACCCCGCUGCUCAUCGCCUCCAGGUACGGCCACCUGCAGGUGGUCGACUACCUGAUGGAGCACUGCAAGGCCAAGGUGGAGCUGGGCGGCUCUGUCAACUUCGACGGGGAGACCAUCGAGGGCGCCCCGCCGCUGUGGGCGGCGUCGGCCGCCGGGCACCUGUCGGUGGUGAGGUCGCUGCUGGAGCACGGCGCGUCCGUCAACAACACCACCCUGACCAACUCCACCCCGCUGCGGGCCGCCUGCUUCGACGGCCACCUGGACAUCGUCAAGUACCUGAUCGAGCACAAGGCGGACAUGGAGGUGGCGAACAGGCACGGCCACACCUGCCUCAUGAUCUCAUGUUACAAGGGCCACAAGGAGAUCGCCAAGUACUUGCUGGAGAAGGGGGCCGACGUGAAUAGGAAGAGCGUGAAGGGGAACACGGCUUUGCAUGAUUGUGCAGAAUCGGGGAGCCUGGAAAUCAUGAAGAUGCUAUUGAAGUGCGGGGCUAAGAUGGAAAAGGAUGGCUAUGGAAUGAGCCCCUUGCUCGCAGCCAGUGUCACGGGUCACAUGAACAUCGUGGAGUUUCUUAUAAAUCAUGCUCAGACUAAGAAGGAAGAUCGAAUAGACGCGCUUGAGCUGCUGGGAGCGACGUUUAUUGAUAAGAAAAGGGAUUUACUUGGAGCUAUGAAGUUCUGGAAGCGAGCGAUGGAGAUGCGACACUGUGACAAAAGUAAAGUAGUUAAGAAGCCACAAGUAGGGCAGUUGGUGUUGGCCUACGAUUAUGCAAAGGAAGUAAUGACUUCUGAAGAGUUGGAAGCCCUGAUAACUGACCCAGAUGAAAUGAGGAUGCAGGCUUUACUGAUCAGAGAGAGAAUUCUUGGUCCAUCUCAUCCAGACACUUCUUAUUAUAUCCGUUACCGAGGUGCUGUCUAUGCUGACUCUGGAAACUUUGAACGGUGCAUCAAUUUGUGGAAGUACGCCCUGAAUAUGCAGCAGAACAAUUUAGACCCCUUGAGCCCUAUGACUGCAAGUAGUUUGCUAUCAUUUGCUGAGCUCUUUUCAUUUGUCUUGCAAGACCGUUCAAAAGGCAACCUGGCCAUGAAGGUAUCUUUCAACGAUCUUAUGGGUAUCCUGUGCAAAAGUGUUCGUGAAGUAGAACGGGCAGUGAACCAGCGAGAGAACCCACCAGAAGUUGCACAGUUCACCAAAGCUUUGUCCAUUAUUUUGCACUUGAUCUCCUUGUUGGAAAAGGUAAAAUGCAGCCCUGACCAGGAGCAUUACAAGAAGCGAACCAUUUAUAGGCUCUUGAAGUUGAACCCAAGAGGAAAAGGCGGUUUUACCCCACUACAUUUGGCCGUUGACAAGGAUACAACGUCGGUUGGUCGCUAUCCAGUUUGCAAGUUUCCUUCGUUGCAAGUGACCUCUGUUCUGUUGGAAUGUGGUGCUGAUGUUGACUCGAGAGAUUAUGAGAACAACACUCCCCUGCACAUAGCUGCAUUCAACAACAAUCUUGAUAUCAUGAACAUGCUAAUUGACACUGGUGCACAUUUUGACGCCACCAAUUCCUCCAAGAAAACUGCUUGGGAUUUGCUGGAUGAAAAGAAGAUGGCCAAGAAUUUGAUUCAGCCCAUCAACCACAUCACCCUCCAGUGCCUUGCUGCUCGUGCUAUUGAAAAACAUAAGGUGAUUUAUAAAGGAUUAAUUCCCGAAGAACUGGAUGCUUUCAUUCAACUACACUGAAGUGCAAAAUUGUGUUAAUGAAUUUGGAUGCAUGCCAAGGUGCUUCUAAUGGAGCUUCAACAACUUGCAUUGAUGUAUGAAUAUACCAGAAAAUGGAGUGAGAUUAAAAUCAGUCUGUCUACUGAAGGGCUAUUUAAAUCUUGCAGUGCUAAGACUUAAGGUAGAACAAUUAAUUUUGCAGGUCAUUCUGUAUUUUCUGGCCACAGCAUUAUUCAUGCUGUGUUGUAAUGGAGUCUAAAUGUUGGGCUAGAGCUGGGGUUGAAAGGCAAGCUCAUGCAUACGACUGCUAAAGCACACUUAAAGAGAAUUUUUUUUUUAUUUUGUUCCUUCUCCAGUUGGCUUACUUCUGUUGUUCCCAUUGCUGCAACCUUGUAUGUAUAGAUCAUAGCAUAAUGCCCUUAAUGAUCAGAAUUCCAAAUUUCAAUUGGCCGAUUACUUUACAGGUGUAUUCCUCAAACUACUUCAAAACUGUUGGAAAGUUAGAGCUUCCAAUGUUAUAAAUCUGAAUGAUUAUCUUGCUCGGGCAUCUUUUCUAAGAUUCAGCAAACAUAUGUGCAACUGGAUCCAUAGAGUAAUACAGUGCUACCAAGUUAUAUUUAAAAUUUCAGUACCUAUCUACACUUCAUAGCCUAAUUGGAACAAAGAUGGAGAUUAUACUGGUGUGCUUUCCUAAUAUUUAAAGGAAAAAGCCACCAAUGCUGCAAAUAACAUUUGUCAGCAUUGAAAAGAGUAAGAGAUCCUUGCCGAUUCAAACCAACCUGCUUUCUGUCAUUCACUGUCCCAAUUUUAGUUGAGACUUUUAUGUUACAGAUACAAUAAAUGUUUGGCACUCUUGGAGCACAAUGUUUAGUAAAACAAGAUUUUAUAUUUGCCUUUUAAUUGCAAGCAGUAUACAUACAAACAUUGCAGCUGGUGUUCCAAAACUUCAAAUAUUCAGCCAUCCUUUGUUUGAAACUUAACAAGACUUGAGAUGAAAGCGUACUUCAUAGUUCAGUAAGUGGACUGACUUAUUGGAAGGAAGAAUCUUACGUUACAGAUGUGAAAAAGGGCAGAUUAACCCAUUUGAGUACUAAAUGUCCUUUGGCACUUGCACAUUUAUUUGCCAAAAAAUGUUUUUUUUCCCAUAACACUGGCUAUUAUAAGUGUCAUUUGAGAUCACCACUAAGCCACAAGGCUGUUUGUGUUCUCCGAAUAAGCAAAACGUUUUUAAAUAUACUGUUAAAAAUGUAACUGCAGUCCACAUUGGGUUGAAGGAUGGCAAAGACUUUAAACCCUAUUGUAAAUACUGGGACUGUUUCAAAAGGCACUAUGUAUAGAUCUAAUUUGUUUUAAUAGGGUUUUAUUUAAUGGGGGGGGGGGGGGGGGGGGGGAAAGAAUCUUGCAAACCAGCAGUGGAACUAUCUAUUUUCACACUGCAAAAGAAUGCUCUUUUUUUUAAGCACUUCAUAACUACAUUUGGAAAUCUGGCUUUUGAAUCUUAUUUAAGCACAUUCUUUGCCCAUUCAGAGUUUACACUAUGUUGUUUGGUUUGAAGAAUAUUAAGUGCAAAUUGCUGCUGAGCUGUACGUGUGAAUUGGAUGGCUCUUAUAAUAAAACAGUACAUUCAAAACGGA